UUCUCUCAGCCACACAAACAACAAUCCACACCUUUCUCCAUUCUCUCACUCUAUAAAAAACAACCUUACCGGUUCUCCGUUCUGAUUUCCCCCAUUCCACACACAAACCUCACUCGCCACACCUGCCUUCACAGACAGACAUGGCCGCCGUCACCUCCGCCGCCGUCGCCAUUCCCUCAUUCACCGGCCUCAAGGCGAGUGGAACAACCAAAGCGAGUGCCGCGGUUAAAGUCUCAGUUCCCCAGGCCCCACGCUUCGGCAUCAAGGCUUCCCUCAAAGACCUUGGAGCCGCCGUAGUGGCCACCGCCGCCAGCGCCGUCCUCGCCAGCAAUGCCAUGGCCCUCGAAGUCUUGCUCGGUGCCGGUGACGGCUCUCUGGUCUUCGUUCCCAGCGACUUCUCCGUGGCCUCCGGGGAACAGAUCGUGUUCAAGAACAACGCAGGGUUCCCGCACAACGUUGUUUUCGAUGAGGACGAGAUUCCCAGUGGGGUGGAUGCAGGGUCAAUCUCUAUGCCGGAGGAAGAGUUGCUGAACGGACCUGGUGAGACUUACAGCGUCACUUUGAGUGCCAAGGGAACCUACAGUUUCUACUGCUCGCCUCACCAAGGAGCUGGUAUGGUCGGAAAAGUCACUGUUAACUGAAUCUCUGUGUCUGUGACUGAACAACAAGAUUCCCGUGGUUCGUUCUUGUGAUUUUGUUUUUGUAGAAGAGCUUAAUCUACGUCCUUCUUGUUAUCAUGGGAUAUAUAUAUUGUUUAUGUCAUGGAUGAACAUAUAAUGCCUUUCUUGUAAUUCAUUUGCUUCCUUUGGUGGAUUAAUUCUCCCUUAAUCCUCCCUCCUGUUGGUUCACUGCUUAAGAUACUAUUAUUUUCUUUGGUCAAA